AUGAAUAAAAUUUUAUCAAAAUCAUUCACUUAACUUCGUUGUUAUUGGAUUUCAAAGUCUUAUAAUACUUCUUACGAAAUCUAAAUCUGCAGUUCAAAGUUAGAUUUAAGUCGUGAUGAUUUACAACCAGAUGAAUUGACUACUUUAAUAUGUACAUAAUUAGAUCCAACUAAAUUAAUUGACAUCUACAAUAGAUAUAAACAUAUAUUUACUGAACGUCAUUUAUUGUAGAGUUUAAAAAUCACUGCCAAAAUGUAAGGAAUGUAUAAUUUGCCAGUUCAUAAUCAAUAUUUUAAUGAAUCAUACUAAGCUCUUAUAAGACAAUUCAACUAAUAUAUUUCCACUCUAAAUAAUUUAGAUCUAGGAGACUUCAUAUAUUGGUAUAAGAAACUCUACUAUGAUAAUCUUAGUCUUGUAUUCUUAAAUGCAGUUGAUGUUAAAUAAUUGCAAUAAAUAAUUAAAAAGUACAUUGAAGAAAAAUAGUUUCUACCAAGAUAAUUAAAUAUGAUUUAUGAAUGCGUUGAAAUGAUUUUCCCAAAUGAUGAUUACUUAAAUAAACAAUACAUUGAUUAUGUCUUUUCAAAUAAUGAUAUCACUGUUGUUUAAUUAAUGUAAUUUCUUACUUCAAUUAAUAAAAAAUUUAUUUUAAAGAAAAAGGUUGAUCUCUAUUCCAUAUUAAAUGUCUUAAACUAUUCAAAAAAUGUGGGUAAUAGUUUUGAUGUUGAUUAAUUUGCAUUUAUGACUAAGUCAUUUAUGAAUAUGAAAUUAAAAUAUCACAUUACAGAAAAAUUGUAUCUCGAAUAAAUUGACGAUAAAUUUGAAGCAACUAAAUAAAAUGUUAAGUAUUUAGAGUCAUAAUCUAUAAUUUCUAUACUUUAAAAUUGUAAAUAUUAAACUCAUGAAGAAUCAAAAUCCCUCUUGAUGCUCAUUCAUGAAUAAGUUUUAUAAAUGUUACAAAAAUAUGAAAAUAAUAAAGGUCAUUUAAAUUUUGAUUUCUUAAUUUAAUAUUUAUAGAAUUUGAUAGAAGCUGAUUACGUACAUGACUAAGAUAUUUUAAAAAUGGAAUCUGUUUGUUUAAAAUUGUUAAAAGAAAAUUUCAAUAUAUCUAAUAUAUAUUAGAUGUCAUUAUAUUAUUUAGAGAAAAAGACAAAAUGUGAACCUUAUGCAGAAUAUUUGAAAAUGAUUCUAUAAAACCUAACCAUGUAGAAUAUCAACUUAAACAUUAAAAAUCUUUUAUAUCUUCAUUUUAUUUGUGAAAUUGAUAUAUCGCAAUUUUUAAAUAACCUAAAUAAUUCAAAUGUUUAUGAAUAAGCAGAAAAUUAUGAUGACAUCUCAUUAUCUAAAACAUCUAUACUUAAUAUAAUUAUUUUGUUUGAUUAUUAUCCUUAAGUACCAAUUCCUGAUUUUAUUGCUAAUUAGUUUUAUAAAAUGAGUUCAAUGCCAUUAUUAUUAUCAUUAUGUAAUUGCUAAUUCUUCAGCCAUAGAAUUAGAUAACUUUACACUUAAAAAUUAUAAAAUUUAAAAAACGAAGGAAGACUUGAUAAACGUUUCAGAUAGAAUAUAUUAGAAGCUAUUAAAAAUAAUGAUGAUGCUAAAUAUUUAUUUAAAUGGUUUUUUUAAACGAGUAAAUUUUAGUUAAAUUAAGCUUUACUUUAAGUUCUUAAUUCAAAUGAAAACAAUAAUGUAAAUUAUAUAAAAUGAUUAAAGUUUAGAUCACUAAGUCUUAAGUUUACUUUUUAUAUUAAGUAAUUUAAAGUUCUAUUGAUGUCUUGGAUAUGGAAAUUAUUAUAAAUUAAUUAGUUUAUCAAACUAGAAUAUUCAAUUAUCUAUUAGAAUUAGAUCCGGAAAUUAUGAAUUAAAUACUUGAAUAGUCAUACAAAUUUAAUUAAGGAUAAGGCACAGCAAUUAUGAUAUAAUUACUUGAAGCAAAAUGUCCAGAUAAUUUAAAAUAAUUUAAAAUCCCUUAACACUUAAUCCUAAACUAUCAAAAUCUUGAGGAAUAUGAUACUAACUUUAUUUUAAUGAUGAUUAAGUAUCAUUGUUAUCCACUUUAAGAUAGUUUAAAGAUUUUCAAUAAUUUAAUUAAUUUCUCAUAAAAUGAACUAAGACUUUUCAUCCUCUACUUAGAGAUGAGUUAAAAAAUAGGAUUAGAAAAGAUGCAUUCCUAUAUUUUAAAGUAAAUAAAAAAACUCAAUGAAACCUAUAUUAUAUAAAUAUAAUGA